CUCAUACUUUACCAUCAUCCCCGAUUCCCUGUCAUCCAACGUACGCACACUGAUUUGUUGAUUCAUCCACUUAUCCAUUUACUUAUCGAUUUAUUCACUGACGGGAUCGUGGCUGGUUAUGCCCAUUGUCACGACAACAUGAGUAGCAGAGUCGCGGGCAAAAGCUCGUGUGCGCCUGACGAGGCUCUGAUCAAGCUGAGGCGAGAACGCAAGCGCACAACAGAUCGCGCUGCCCAGCGAGAACACCGCCGCCGUCAAAAGCUCUACGUCGAGGAGCUUGAGAUGCAGCUGGCUCGCGUGCGAGAGGGAAGCGUCAAUGACCAGGUUGCUCAGCUGAUGAGGGAAAAUGAAAGAUUACAAAAAGAGCUCAACAAGUACCGGUCCUUCUUCAAUUCGGUGGAGGAUCUCGUCAUGGAUGAAUGGCAGCAAGAGAACAGGAAGAAGCAUGGCAUGACAGCCAGCCGUGUAGUCGACAGCGCAAGCGGCAAUGAACACGGCAACGGCAAUAGCAAUGUUAGUGACGAUAACAAUUGCAUUGGCCAUGACAAUCAAAGCAUUGGGCGCAAUUUUCAUCGCGCAGCAUCUCCAUCACAGAACCCGGCUGAACACAACCACGCCACACCGAAUCCUUCCGCUCCCCAGGAUGCUGCACUCAACGUAGUGCUCAACGGUACCCAACUACCCACCCAACCUCACUCGAACUUUCUCAACUCUGGAUCUCAGUCAUCCCCUACGAUCGAGCGUGUAGAGCCGACACUUGUCAAUGGGACCUCUGAGCAAGCUGAUGGGCCCAGCUCCUGGACUUAUAUGUCGCCACAAGGUGCCUUCGAUUGGUCUCGUCCCAGCUUCGAAAACGUUUCACUGCAGCAUUGUCAGCCUCAGGUGAAUACGCAAGCACCUAAUGUAAUGUGGAAUGAUAAUGCAUCGUCUUUCGACGGAUCAAAGCAGCCUGACUUGCUCCAAAUUGCUCAGGGUGACUUUGUAGCUGAUUGUACUCAAGGAUCCAGCCCUCAACAGAUCGCGUCGCUUCCUCUUCCGUGUCCAAGCUUCUUCUCCCUUGAUCUUAAUGAGCUCGAUCCAGCCUUGAUCUUUGCUCCGCCUAACCACGCCGGGCCCCUGAUCCAUCAGUUGCUACCCCGAAUUCUCGAACCACAAAAUGCGGAAGAUCAUCACAUCCAGUCUAUCGUUGAACGUGCACGAAUCCAUGAUACUCGGCUUACUUCGCCAACAUUGGCAGACUUCCUUUGCGAUAACCCAGACAAUGAACUAUCUACAGCUAUAAAGCAUUAUCUGGAACCAGUGAGAAGAACAAGGCGGACCAUAGAAUUUCUUGCCACUUAUUGGGUACUUUAUCUCCUGCUAAGAUGGCAAAUCAACCGAGAUGAAGAGUCGUUUCACAAUGUUCCAAUUUGGCUUCGACCAUCUGUCACGCAGACUAGGGUGUACCAUCCGAUAGGGACAGACUUGCUCGCAUGGCCCUUGCUUCGCGACGAAGUAAUCAUGAGGAGUCUGAAAGAUUCUGAGCAAGCCACGGACAUUAUGACUGAUAUUGGACUGAAUUUAGAAGUCAAUAUCCCACUACAUAAGUUCUCCCUGAGUCAUGAUGUCGACUUCCUCCACGCAGCGAUAUCAGACUUGAACAAUUGGAGACUGAAUGAGGCAUUCUUCGGAAAGUACCCUUCUCUGCGAUCACUCUACGAUUCAUCCUUUGAUGUCCCUAAUUAAUGGUCACACUGAGAGGUUGGGAAUCAUUGAUCAUAAUGUAUAUUUAUCAUUUAAAAGCCCGCUAGAGACAAUGCUUCAG